GUUUAUAUUAAUACUAUGGACGUUCGUGUCUAUAGAAUUAACGUCAAUGGGCGGAGGGAAGAAGAAGAAACGUUCGUGAAUCCUGACAGACCUCAAUGUAGUUACAGUCAAGAGAUAUACACACUUAACUGUGUGUCUAGGGUCGUGACAAAUGUCCCCAUGCAUGGGCGUGCAUUCUGUGUGGAGACAGAACCCACAAGAAUUGCGUUGCUGUUUAUCGCAAGCUCGCCGCAGUUGGCCGCGUUCUCCGUCGGCGGUGUUAGCGGAUUCUCAAACGUAAUACUAGAACAGCUGAGAGCGAACGAUAGUUCGAUACCAAUCGAUUUCGAGAUCGCUACGUGGAUUGGAUCGACACACGGCUUAGCUGGCAUACCGAGCAUCGCAAUGCCCACAAUAAUGCAGUGGAGAGGCAGAAAAUUCUCUUACAUCAUCAGCUGCCUUCUUAUAAUCACUGGAUGGCUCCUUACCUACCUCGCCCAGAACGUCAUGAUGAUAAUCAUCGGCGAAUGUUUCCACGGACUGGGAAAUAAUAGCAUAGUCAUCGUCAGCCUCUGCACUAUUAGUGAGAUGGUCGAUCCAAGAUAUAGAGCCAUCUCGUUAUCAUUUUACACCAUCAAUCAAACACUAGGUAUUACCAUCUGUGGCGUCAUGGGCAGGUAUCUUCAUUGGAAAACCGUCAGUAUUAUCAUGAGCAUACCGAUUACAGUCGCUCUCCUUAUGAGUUGUGUAUGGCCAGAAUCUCCAUCAUGGCUCGCGUAUAAAGGGAAGUACGCUAAAUGUGAGAAAACAUUCAAAUGGCUUAGAGGUUUUGAUGAAGACUCAAGGAAAGAGCUAAAAGAACUAAUGAGUGCACAAAAAGAAUAUUCUAUUUCUGAAGGGAAGGCCAAGUUUGUGUUAAAAGAUUUGUGGUUUCAAAUAACUAGUAAGGACUUCUACGUUCCCUGCUUUCAUACAUUUGUUGUCUUAAGUGCGUUUUACUUUAGCGGACUUUUAGUAGUGUUAGUUUAUGGCGUGGAUAUAAUUCAAACAGUUACUAAUAGUGCAUUGACAGCUCGUUAUGGUAUAAUUUCGAUCCACAUUUUUUCAUACAUAGGAGCCUUAAGUACUGCACUACAUUUGAAAUUAUUUAAGAACAAAACUGUAUUUUUAGCAACCGGGGUUACUUCAUCUUUAUUAAUGUUUGGAGCAUCUGUUGUUAUAUUAUUACAAUCUGUUGGUAUAUUAUCUAAUAAUUCAACGAUAUCUGUAUAUUUCCUUGUUGGUUUCAUGUUCUUUUUAAGUGCAGGAGUAAGUUCAUUAUCCUUUGGUGUUCCGAAUGAAUUAAUGCCAGUAAAACACAGGGGUCUUGGUGGGGCUGUGUAUAUUAUAAUGUGUUGUAUUUUACACACGUCUAUUUUGAAAUUGUCUCCGUACUUAAUACUGUAUAUAGGAUUGUGGGGAACAUUCAUGAUGUUCAGUUUAAUAGAAAUGAGUAGUAUUAUUUAUAUUUGGAGAUAUAUACCUGAAACUAAAGGGAGGACGUUACAAGAAAUCGAAGAUUUUUAUAAUGAUGGAUAUUUUGUUACCAGUAUUGUUGAUGAUGUUGAAUGUUUAAAUAAAAAUAAGAAUAAAUUAUGAAAUUUA